UUCAGUUGGUGACUUAAUUCAUUACGAAGAGAAUGAAGAUUUUGAUUGCUCUCGCACUUGCUUGUUUUGCUGUAACAGCAAAUGCACAAGUUCGUUGUUUAAAUCCAGGAUCAUUGGAAAUUCCACCAUCGCCAUGUUGUGGACAACUUCAUCAUCAAGGACUUGCUGGUGCACUUGGCAACAUGUUCAAUUUAAUGGACAUUGAAUGCAAAGUCAACAUGUUCUUUGAUGCUAUUCUCACCGAUCCCGAUAUGCUUGCCUUCUUCAACUACAUCACAGGGCCAGAGUUCAGAGUAUUGAUUCUUUCAGUUCAGAAUAUGCCAGAAUUCAAAGAUUUCAUGUGGUACUUUUGCGAAAAUCUUGAUCUUGAUGGCUACCUUUAUCUUAACACUCUUGGUGAUAUUCUCGGAACGCCUCGCAUGCCACACCCUGAAGGUGAUCAUUGCCAUCCAGAAUUCCCCUUCCCAUGGACAUCCCAGAAGGCAUCGCCAACAUCAAGCUUGAAUAAACACAAAUCGGUUGCUGUUCCUUUCGUCAGUGGAGUCAGAAAAUUCAUGGACGAUUUGCAAGCUGAGAUCCCAGGAGAUGAUAUCUACGAUAUGUGGAUGUACAAAGUUGAAAAUGAUCCUUACCUUUGCCCAGGGUAUAAGAAGCUUUCAAGUGCUGAAUUUAGAGCCAUUGCAUUAAAAGUUGAAUACGACCCAGAAUUUAUCAGAUUCGUCGACAAAUUAGAAGAGUGGGGAAUUGAAAUGAAACAGUUCAUGGAUGAUUUGAAGUGGUUCUUGUGGGAAGCCGAUUAUUGUAGAACAUAGAUAAGUUUUAAUGGAUUAAACAUGCCACUACUUCCAUAUUGUGCUUCUAUAUUGAAAUCAAUCAAUAAAUAGAAAAAAAUUUGCUAUCAAUCUUA